AUGGCAGAGAAACAAGUGAUGGUGGUCGGAAUCGACGAAAGUGAUCACAGCUUCUACGCUCUUGAAUGGACUCUAGACCAUUUCUUCAAAGCUGGAUCGGGCUCUAAUUUUAAGCUCGUUGUUGUUCAUGCAAGAAAUACUCCAACUUCCGUCUUAGGAUUUACUGGACCUGGGACUAACGAGGUGAUACCACUGGUGGAAGCGGAUCUGAAGAAGGCAGCUGAGCAGGUUGUCAAGAGAACAAAGGAGCUAUGUAGCAGUAAAUCGGUGGGGGAUGUAGCAGUGGAAGUGACCGAAGGUGAUGCUAGGAAUGUCAUGUGUGAUGCUGUAGACAAACACCAUGCAGCUAUCUUGGUUUUGGGCAGCCAUGGUUAUGGCGCUUUCAAAAGGGCUGUUCUGGGCAGCGUUAGCGACUACUGUGCUCACCAUGCUCACAGCUCAGUGAUGAUCGUGAAGAAGCCCAAGAUGAAGAAUUGA